UCCGUCAUUAGGCCGGUCCGGUUCUGUUCAUCUGCAUGUGUAGAAGCAGCAGCAGCAGCAUGUCUGUGUUUAUGGACCUAAACUUGUUAUUUUGUGCUGACAGGAAACGUCUGCAGAGCCUGGUGGAAACAGCCGCUAACCUUGGAUUCUCCACCGUCGCCAUCAACUAUGUGUUUGAACCCAAAGCCAAGAAGAAACAGGAAGUCCCCUCCCCGGUACCAAUCAGUGAGCUGAUAGGUCAGCUCCCCGUGGUGCAGGGUCGCUCUCGUCCAAUCAGAGUGCUGAACAGGCUGACGGUGGUGAUGUCAGAGGCUAAUCACUUUAGGCCCAACGCCUCAGAGUAUCGGCCCUUUGACCUCCUGGCCGUCCAGCCCACCACAGAGAAACUCUUCCAUGCGGCCUGCUUGCUGUGUGACGUCGACAUCGUCUGCAUCUCUGUGACGGAGAAACUUCCCUUCAUCUUCAAACGAGCGCCAGUCAACGGGGCCAUUGACAGAGGCGUGGUGUUUGAGGUGUCCUACGCCGCGGCCAUCAGAGACUCCACCAUGAGGCGCUACACCAUAGCCAACGCCGUCAGCCUGAUGGAGAGCUGCAAAGGAAAGAACGUCAUCAUCUCCAGCGCAGCUGAGAAGGUCAGAUGAAUCCUUUUUUCUGGUCAGACUUCAAACUUUGGGCUACUGUAGCUCUCUAACUUUGUAUUUCUAUCUUUUCUAAAGGCUUUUGAAAUCAGAGGACCUUAUGACCUCACCAACCUAGGGUCGCUGUUCGGCCUGUCAUUGGCUGAUUCUAAGGAGGCCGUCUCUUCCACAUGCAGAGCCGUUUUACUCCACGCAGAAACCAGGAAGACGGCCAGUGGCAUCAUUUACACCAUGAAGAAGCAGCAGCAGGAGGAGGAGCAGGAUGCUGCAGGCUGUGACGCUCCUGCAGCCAAACGACCUAAACAGACCUGAUCGAGGAGGCGGGCCCACCUCUGUAUUCUUCUGUAUUAUUUGUCUCGUCUUUUUUUGAAGCAGAUUCUACUCAUUAAAACAAGUUUAUAUUUCUUUGAUAGAUAAAGUUUAAAA